GCAGGUCACUUAUCCUUAAAUAGCGAUGUAGAGAGAGAUAUGGUGCAUUUGUGCAUCUUCCUUCACUGAGUUCCUUUUCCUUUCUUCAUCAACUCAGUGGUAGUGGGGAGUUCCCCUUUACUAGGAUGGGCCAACUGAGGCCCUUAUACUUGUGUUUGUUGGUGCCUCUGUUGGUGCUGGUGGUUGAAGGGAAGGCUGCUUCAUUCAGACACUAUGUUCUGGUUCAUGGUGCAGGUCAUGGCGCCUGGUCCUGGUACAAGGUCCACAACCUCCUCCAAAGGGCUGGCCAAAAUGUCACCAGCUUUGACCUCACCAGUGCCGGCAUAGACCCGGCCGACGCCAACGCCGUUCUCACCUUUGAAGACUACAACAAGCCGCUUACCAAUUUCCUCUCGGCCUUGCCGGACAAUGAGAAGGUUGUGUUGGUCGGCCAUAGUGCUAGUGGCCUAUGCUUGACCCAUGCCAUUCACACUUUUGGGACCAAGAAAAUAAGUAGUGCCGUGUUCGUCGCCGCAAUCAUGCUUAGGUCCGGGUUUGUGACCACUGAAGAUGUCAAGAUAGGCUUUCCAGAUUUGAGCAAAGCAGUGCACCCUGUUUAUGGAAAAGGGCCAAACAAGACUACGAUCUUAACAAGCUUCUCAUUCUUGCCGGAGAUUAUAUUGCAAGUUCUUUACAAUAGAAGCCCUCAGGAGGAUGUCAUUCUUGCUUCCAAACUUCUGAAGCCCGUGCCGGCCCAGCCGAUACUAUUAGCUCGGUUUAACAGCACCAGCACCAGCACCAGCGUCGACGCAGUGGCUCGAGUCUACGUCAAGACGUUGAUGGACAGGGUGAUCAAGCAGGAGAUGCAGGAGGCCAUGAUCAAGAAGUGGCCACCAAGCAAGGUGGUAGCCAUUAAUUCUGACCACUGUCCCUUUUUCUCGGCACCAAGACGUCUUGUGAACAUACUCCUGAAUCUCUAGCCCUCAGCUCCAUCCAACAAGUUCAUCUCAAUAAAUUAAGAGAAAGAUUGUUUGUAUAUGAGAUUGCAGAACAAUGCAGUGAAUUUAGUGUGCGUGUAUUGUUGUUUCUCUUUUAUCAGCUUCAAUGGCAAAAUAAUGUUCUGCAUUUUCAAGUAA